ACGGCAUGUAAACAAAACAAUUCCUGCGUUCGUUUUUCUGUGCGCUUUUACACUUUCGGCUGGUUUUUACUUAAAAUACAACGCUUCCACAGUAAUGGACGACGACGAAGAAACCCUCUGUAGGUAUGGAACAGCUCUACCAGCAUUUGAAGAAGAUGCAGUGCCGUCGAAGAAGCCCAUCACAGUCGAGGACCAGAUCGUGCUGGAUAGCAAUGGAAAGCGCCGGUUUCAUGGCGCAUUUACGGGCGGUUUUUCGGCGGGCUACUGGAACACGGUCGGCUCGGAGGAAGGCUGGAAGCCGGCCGAGUUUAAAAGCUCGCGCACGGAGAAAUCGUCCCUUGCGCGGCAGCAAAAUCCGAUGGAUUUCAUGGACGAGGAGGACCUGGGCGAGUUUGGCAUUGCGCCACAGCGUGUGCAGGCAAAGGAAGACUUUGCGCACAGCAGUGCGGCCGGCCGGUCCAACAAGCGACGCUUGGAUCUAGCCUUUUCCAAGGGUCCAAUUCCGGGUCAGCCCGUGUUGCGCGCGCUGCUCGAACCGGCCAGGGAGAAAACGGCCGUGAAGAUACUCAAAAAGAUGGGCUGGCGGGAAGGGCAAGGAAUCGGUGAGCGACAAACGAAGCGAGAGAAAAAGCGAGCCAACGAGCGGAACAGCAAGGAGCAGUAUAUCCUGAAAAUGUACGGUUGUGAGAUUCCGGGACGUGACACCAGCGCCAGCGCAGAGAACGACGACGGGGAUGAUGGGGAGGAAUCGGACGGUUCGGACAGUGACUAUGAGAUAACGUUCGCGCCGGAUGAUUUCGAUCCCUUGGUAGCGGCCCUAAAGGACAACACGUUCGGGCUGGGCUACAGUGGGCUGGACCGUGGCGGCACUUCGAAAGGAUUCCAGCUGUUCGAUACGCUCGAGGUGGUCGAUCGGAACAACAAGAAGCUUUCCAUCCGCGGGCAAGCAUUCGGCAUCGGUGCGCUGGAAGACGAUGACGAUUUAGACGUGUACGCACGGGAUGACAUGUCGCGGUACGAUUUUUCGCUCGAAGAUAGAUCCAAAUCAAAGCGGGCGAUCGAGGGGAAAAAAUCGGGCAGUGAAGCGAACACGCUGGAAGGCUUCUGCCCGGUCAGCAGUUCCCGGAAGCUGGCGAAGAAGGUUUUUCGCGUGGACGUGCCGGAAGCGUUCAGGCCACGGAAUUGGGAGGAACGACGCUCGCGCUUCGACCGCAUCGACGAGGAACGGGCGAGGAAAAUGCAGCAAGAAAACGAGUACAAAAUCAAGGGACUCGGUAGGCACGAUCUUGACCCGAAGGAACGGGGAGCGAUUCUUGGUGAGCAGACGGUCGCCAAGAAUCCGGUGCUGGAAAUGAUAAACAAGCAAAGCUCCAACUUUGUUCGGCGAGAAGUUAUGAAUGAGGCUGUAGAUCCGCUUCCGCAGGAAACGAAACGCUUGGCAAGCGAAGAGAAGAGUGGACAAGAUUCAAAGCAGGACAGCUCACCGUCGAUCGUUCCCUCGGGUCUGGUACAACAGCCGAGUGUGCUGCAGCGCCAGUACGUCGGUUCCACCAAGGAAGGGUUCAAACCGUUCAUUGCGAUGCCCGACAAGCAGGAACGCUACGAACGGUUUCUUGCCUUUCAGCCAACGGAGCGCUACCUGACCCGCGAACAGUACCUCGAAUCGUUGCAACCGCUAAACCUUUCCGCCUGGGAUCGGGAACGGGAGCGGAAGGAGUUUAUGCAGGCCGAACGCAUGUACCGCCCACUGGACGGCCUUAUGUCCGAACGGUUCGUUACGGCAUCGAGCCUGAUAGCGGACAAAACCAUUCCCGCCGAUGGGGACGCCGGCAAACCGCGCGAAAUUCGCAUGACACGCAGCCGCACAAUGUGGAAGCCGCACAAGGACAUCUGCAAACGCUUCAACGUGCCGGAACCGUUCGGCGGAAUGAUGGUGGACGAUACCGAUGCGGUGGAGAAACGGCGCAAAGAGAAGGGCAAGUUCUCCGUGUUCGAUUACUUGGAAGCGCCGGUUACGAAUAGGCGAGAUUUUGUAACGCCGACCAUGAUACCGGUCGCACAACAGGCAGCGGAAGACAAGCGACCAAAUGGUGGCGGCAGCAAACCGGUAGAACAGUCGAGCGGCACGACUACCGCCGGGCAGAGAUGUUCGUCGAAAGAUUUUUUCCUAACCGAAAGUACGCCAUCCGCGAAAGAAGUUGACCGCAACGCUGGCGUUACGAUUGAGCAGCCAAAACCACCAACAUCUCAAACUUCCCGGACGGUUCCCACAAAACCGCCGUACAAAAAACGAACCGAACUGGAGGAAAAGGUGCUCGAGGCGACCAAUAAAAAGCCGGAAGAGAAGCGUGACCUUUUCAAGUCCAUCUUUUGCAGCAGCGAUGAAGAGGAGCAGGAGGAUGAGCAGUCGAAGAAUCAGCAGCCGUCGAAACCGGACGAUGCAGCAGCUCCAUCCGGAAGCGCGGCACUAACCGACGAGGAAAAGCUUAAGAUGGUCGACAGCUUCGUAUCGAUCAAGCCCGCCCGCCAGUUAAACAUUCUGCGCAACAACUCUCCACCUCGCGGGAUUUUUAAGAAUUUGUUCGAAUUCAAAAAACCACAACACGCUGACGGGGAAGAUCAUUCAAAGCGCGAAAGCGUUCUGCAGUGCUCAUCGAAAGCUGCAGCGGGCAAAGCGAAGGAGAUCCUUCAGCAAGCUGGUAAAGACGAAUCAAAGAACGGUACCGAUUCGUCCAGCGAUUCGGACCCGGACAGUGCGUCCGACUCGGACGAACCGGAAUACUAUGGUCCACGGUUACCGUCGCAGGGUGGUGCCAACAAUGCUCCCUCUUCAAAGACUCCCAUCGAGCCAGCAUCGCAUCCGCUUCUGAGUGGUCGGGAAGUAGCGGGAACACCAACGGGAAGGUACACCGAAGUAUGGAUCGAAAAAGAUGCCGGCGAGGAUCGACACUCGUCUUCGGGAAGGGUGAAGAAAAAGAAAAAACACAAACAUCACGAGCACAAGAAAAAAUCGAAGGGGAAGCACAAGAAAGAGAAAAAGAAAAGCAGCCAUAAGCAUAAGAGUAAACGAUAGACGCCGUGUGUGUGCACUACGUUUGGUUUUUGGCAAUAAAGCUACACAGGUCGUGCAAAGUGUUA